CAAAGUACCACAUAUCUUCACUCUCUCAUCUUCCUCUCUCUCUAUUUUUUUUUGUUUUUGUUUUUCUCUUCUUCUCUUUUUUUUUCAAUAAAAAAAAAGAUGGAUAAAAGACCAUGCAACUCUCAAGAUGUUGAAGUGAGGAAAGGACCUUGGACUAUGGAAGAAGAUUUGAUUCUCAUUAACUACAUUGCUAAUCAUGGUGAAGGUGUUUGGAACUCCCUAGCUAAAUCUGCUGGUCUCAAACGUACCGGAAAAAGUUGUAGGCUCCGAUGGCUUAAUUAUCUCCGGCCUGAUGUCCGGAGGGGCAAUAUUACACCUGAAGAACAACUUUUGAUUAUGGAAUUGCAUGCUAAGUGGGGAAACAAAUGGUCGAAAAUUGCGAAGCAUCUGCCUGGAAGGACAGAUAACGAGAUAAAGAAUUACUGGAGGACUAGGAUUCAGAAGCACAUUAAACAAGGAGAGAACAUGAAUGGACAAGGAACUUCAGAACAAAACAUUGAUAAUCAAGAAGGAAGUAGUAGUCAAAUAUCCUCUGCUGGUCAAACAGAUACCAUAGAGACUUACUCUCCAACUUCAUACAAUGGAAAUAUGGACACUAAUUUUCAAGCCCCUAAUUUUCUCACUGAAACAAAUGACAACAUGUGGAGCAUGGAGGAUAUCUGGUCAAUGCAAUUGCUUAAUGGAGAUUAAUUAAGUAUGUUUGGAAUAUUUAAUUUGAGUAAUUAAACCUUAGAUUGAACCCACUUAGUAAGUAUUAUAAAAAUUAAGCUGUUAGAUAUACAGCUAGCCUAUAUAAUAUAGUGCUAAAAUUCUGCAUAAUUUGAGUUCCCAAGUGUUCCAAUAUGUAAUAUAUAUAACGAACUCUUAUAUAACCCUGUUCAUAUUAUUUUAAUAAUAUAUAGAUGUUUGGAGUUGCCUUUGA